CGAAGAACACAUGUGAUGAUUCGAAAGAAAGAAAUCCAAUUUUAUCCAAACCCCAAUCUAGCGUUGUAGCGUAGCACAUCGAGCACAUCUGUUUGAACUUCUAGGGAAAUAGAAAGUUUUUGAAAUGGAUGAGACUUACCCAAUUGAGGCCUAUCCGCAUGCUUCUCAGAAGUUCAAUUUCAAGAGUUACUUUAGAAAUUACUCUGAGUUGUUGAAAGAAACUUGGUACAUUAACCAAGGUGUAUUGGAAAGACUUAACAAUGAUGAAGAAAAAAUUGCUUCCCAAUUGGGAAUUGAGAUGAGGGAAUACCAUCGACUGGAAGAACGUUGCAGUAUUGCUCUGUUGCAAUGUGAUCCACUUGAGAUGGAAAUAAAAGCUGGUCAGCUAGCAGAUCCUGAGAGACGAGCUACUAGGAAACUAGCAACUGCUGUGGAGUUAAAAGCGCUUAAAGCAUGUAACCAUAAAUAUGAAAGUAAACUUAGAGAGUUGAGAAGAACAGCUAUUCCACAAUUUGAACAAGAAAUGAAUCCAUCUCCUGUAUUCAAGUUACUAGACAACCAUGUUGUGAUUGCCAGAGUGUUCAGGCCAUUUGAAAGCAACUUAGGUUCAAACACAGUUCCCCAUAUGCAGGACUUCAUGUUGCUGGGUUCACAGAAUUUGGUUGAUUUUAGGGACCAAAUAAUUUGCCUAAAUGAUGAAAUAAUGGUUACGGAAGACUCUAACCCUCGCACUCUCUCGACCGGUCGGCCAAUGAAGGAUCUCUUAAAUGCUAGCAUGUUUUUUAUUGGCAACACAUUCUACUCUGAUUUUCGAGAUUAUACGAACAUCGACUAUGGAGAUUUGAUAGAAAAGUGGGCUAAAGAUAAUCCAGAAAAAAACCUAGGUCCAUUUGAAAAAAAGAAAAUGGAAUGCACCACGAUUGCAGAUCUCGAAAUUCGACUUGGUUAUCCCUACGUCUUUGUCCAUCUCGGGAGUUGUGAGCAUUUAAUAACCUUUGUGGAUGCCAGGCUUAUGGUUCCAGAUGAUCUGCAAAACGUUGAUGAAUAUCCAUUAGCCGUUGAAACGGAUACUAACUUGUUGAUGUACUGCGGCGUUUGUGAUGUUCACGACACAAGCUACUAUGUUGACGACGAACAAUUGCCCACAAAACCGAUGAACUUGUGUGAGCAAUGUUUGAAAACUUUUUACAAAAAAAACGACCUUCUACCACCUAGUACUGAUGACGUCUUCUACAAAAGGUUGCCUCCAAAAAAACCGUUUGAAGUAAACGUUCUGGAAGACAUGGAGUACCAAGACUAAUAUUCCUUCCUUCCCUCUCUAUUUCAAGUUUUUCAUUCACGUCUCCCUCUUGCUCCCUGCAAGUCAAGUAUUUUUGCAUAAACACAAUGCAGAUAUCUUUCAUGUUGAAACGAAAUUUAAAUGUUGUAUUAUAGAGAAUAAUCCAGUCAUACAUUGCACCUUAUUUCCUUA